AUCACAACAUAUAGCUUAAUUUUGAAUGAAGGCAAACACUUAAUAUGUUUGUGUCUGCAAAUUUGAAAUUAUGAAAAUCUGUAUAAUUUGAAAAGCCCUUAGUUAUCAAAUAUGGGAGACGUCUCCUCGUAGUUGACAUAGGUCAAAAUACCUUUACAAAUGAAUUGAAGAUGUUAAUUUACAUUUAAAUACUUCACUGGGAAAAUCUUAAAGUAUGAUUAACGGCUAAACUCUAUAGGAGACAAAACCAAAAAUAUAUUUUUAGGAGGUUGUAGGGCAGUAAAUGAUGAUUUAGAAAAAUCUCAUUGUCUCUUGUGUCAGCAGCAGUGAAAAAAGGUAUUAGAAUAAUUGAUUUAAGUAAACGUAAAAAUACUUCAGUUAAAAAGUCUGCAUUCAGAAAGUAUUCACCACAGUGUCAAAGUGGGUCAUUAGGGCCCUAUUGCUUUUCGUUUGAUUAUUCAGGCAAAUGAAUCGCAUUUUUGACGGCUUGAACAUACUCGAAAACUCACCAAACUUCGUGGGCGUGUCAGGCCUGAGGACAGUGUAUGUAUUCUGGAGUAACUCAAAAUGGGUGUGGCAAAAUGGCUCAACAGCGCCCCCGAAAACGCAGCAAUUCUGUCUGGCUUAACCGAUCUUCACGAAAUUCGGUACACACUUGUAUCAUGACUUGUAUCGUGUAUUUUCAAGCCGUCCAAAAACCCAUCAGCUUUGCUUUGACCUCAUUCUAUCUCUCCUGAAGUUUUCUCCAGUCCGCCUGUAAACUUAGCAUUUGUUUCGCAGAGCUUGAUAUUGAGGUCAGCACUGAAACUCUUCUCCUGUACCAGCAGCAGUUCAAAGAGCUCCAGAUUUUGAAUUAGCAGAUUCUCUUUCUCCUGUUUGGAGUUCUGAUUCCCACUCACUUGCCUCUAGAAUUAUAGUGACAUCUGCCACCUUUUUCUCGUAUUGAAUGCCGCCAGUUCCUCACUGAGCCCCUGAUAGUCAUGUGUCAGAUUCUUGCAUAUCCGUUUGUAUAUUUCUGCGUCCUCUGUUACCUGUUAAACUGUGCUAUUUAAAUACUCGCACAACUCUUCUGUCAGUUUUAACUUUUCUUUCACCGUCUCCAAUUCUACACGGCACUCAUUCACCCUCAGUUUUUUUCUCUUGCACAAUAUUACUUGGCGCAUGUUGUCAUCGUAAACGAUGAACAUUUCUUUCAUCUCCUGCAGUUUCUUGUCUGCUCUUUAAUUCCUUCUCUUUUGCACUUUGCCCCCUUCUGCGAGGUACAGCGGAAAAUUACCAGCUGUUGGUAAAUCAUGUUGUGUGCCUUUAUGGUCUUUUCCUUGAUUUACUGCACUGUUGAGUUUAGUUGUUCAGGUUAUUAGUCUGAAUAUGUUAAGCUGAAAGAAUAACACUUUUUUGUGACUUACUAUUUAACUCCACCCAGGCUUUAUAUAAAAGAACACUUCAAAGGAUGCAUUAAUCAAAGAAUUCCUUGUUGUCAGUUUGCUUUGAUGUAUUAGACUGUUGCAAAGAUGAAAGAUGUAUAUGAUCUGAAGAGAAACAAAAGUGUUUUUGACCUUAACAGAUCUAUUAGUCUGUAUGUAGUGAUAGUGAAAGCACCACCUACUGCCGAAAAGAGGUAAGCCUCGUUUUACAACUUUAAUUCGAUUUACAUAACAUUUUCACCGUGUGGUCUACACUCAGAAAUGAUAAUAUUGUUAUUGGAUGCUGGGUAGAUUUGUGUCUCGUUCAUUUUUAUGAACACAAUUAAAAUUCUGCAUCAAGUUAUCUGCUGCUCCCCAGUGGCGAAUACGGGAACUUUUUUAAUAUAUGUUUAUUUCAUUCAUCGACCAAUCAAAACCAUUAAAUGCAAAGACAACAUCUCAAACCUUGAAUGAAAAGGAGCAGAAAGAAGAAUCAUCUUAUAUAACCUGCCCCUCUUUCACAGGACAUUCAUUAACAAAGAAAAUAAGUGCAAACGAACGCAUCUAUUAUAUUUCUUUAGGAAAAACGCUCACAUGGGUAUUAUUCUCUGGGUUUGUUAUUGUGAAAACUAAGGAAUCGUCUAUUUAAGAAAACUACCGCCAUAUAUUUAACUUCGUAUUAUCCAAAUAGUAACGCUAUAGUAAUGCUGUGAUCAUAAGAAAACCUGUGUGCGUCAUUUACUUUUUCAUUUCUUUCUACUUGGAAGUUGAAAAUCCGACUUUUGUUUACACCGGAAGUUGGUUGCCCACGUGGCACAACAACAACUACUUCCUUGGCAACCAUCCCGUCCUUGACGACCAGGGGAGGAGGAAACGAGCGGAAUAAUGGCGAAGACAACCGGCGCAGUGAAAUCCCUGUGGCAACAGGUUUGUGAAGAGUGUGAAGCGGAGCAGCCCCGUUAUCCCGGUGCUGAGUGGACACACGGCGGCUCAGUGGGCUCCCAGUUCUCCCAGUACAGCGACAGCACAAAGUCUACAGUCUUGCAUGGACUCAGCACAGCCAAGGUGUCUGAGGACGAUGACCCUCGUAGAGACUGUGACUCGCUUCUCUCCCACGCUGGUUUCGCUGGUAACUCAGCAGAGGGGACAUCACCUCCACAAUUCCAAAGUCCUGUCACACGCUUCAUUGAGAGGGAGGUGUUUCCAGUGUUGUUGCCUGGAUUGGAGGCUUUGUUGAGAGAAGCUCAGAAACACGGCUGUUUCCAGAGGAAAGUGACAGCAUUCAACCCGUGUGACUUCCUAACUGAGUGGCUGUACAACCACAACCCCCGCAGACAAGGACAGCCCCCGGUGAACAUGUGUGACAUCCCCUUUGUCAAGGACUGGCUCAGCAUGCAUCCCAGACGUCCCAUCCCUCUGUUUCUGCUGCUCACUGAGGACCAGGCUGCUCUGCUCAUUCAGGCUUUCUGGAGGGGAUACAAGAUCAGAGCGCGGCCAGAUGUGCAGGAGCUGCGCCAGUGGCAAAAACAACUGAGAGAGAGCCACGACAUUGCCAAAACUGUCAAGCAGUUCUGGGCCAAGCAAGAACGCAGAGUGGGCUCAGCUAUGACAGAUCUUCCAGAAAGCCCCCAGCCUGGUAACUCUGAUGUGUCCAUCCAAGUGGUUUCCCCCACCCCCCAGAGCACUGUGGUCCACACCCCCACCACCCAGAUGACCCCUGAGGCUGGUGAGUGGCUGACCCCCAGCCUAUGCAGCGUGGAAGACAUGGCCUCCACACAACCACUGAAUAAUUUCCUGUCUGUAGCUGCGCCCGGUGACGAAUCCCUGACUGCAGUGUCCCCGUCGUUUCUCGGACAUCACAAACUGAGCUAGACGCGUGGUACUUUUAACAGAAAUCAUUUGCUCUGUGUGCAGGGUUUUGUGGCAUGUAAAGGCGAUUAAAGUCUGUUAGGUUGAUGUACAACUCACCAAGUAAUAAGUCAAUCAAGCUUCGAAAAACCGUCUGCAGGCAGCUGGAUAUGGCGAAGCAGGGAUUUAUGGUCAAAGAUGUGUGUGUGAUUAGUUGUUUGCUUUUAUUUCCUUUUUUGAUGGAACACUUCCUUUUUACGAGUCUCGCCCAACAGGGAGCAGCAUGGUUCAUAUAUGAAACUGUCGGGAAGGGAAACCUCUUGUCACAGACCAGAUAUUUCCUCUCAGUGCCUCUGGCUGAUAUCUCACUGGAAUAUAACCUUCAUAACCGUCAUAUUUCCUUGACUUGUUAUUUCCUUUUUCUUUAGCAGUAGAGUUUACUGCACAAGAGAGGUUAUAGCAUUUCCAUUGAAGUCAGGAACUGGGGUCAGAGUGAAAGGUGACUCAGCGUACACAGCAGAAUUUUCUCUUCUGUUUAUAAGAAGAGUAAAAAACCUUGUCAAGAAAACAAAAGAUGUUCACUGGUGUGUAGUGUAGCAAAAAUAAAUACACAAUACAAUAUCCUCCUUAGAUCCUCUCACUAUUUUACAAGUGAUAAUAACCCUGUUAUAUAGCUCAUCUUCAGUAGUUAAAUAUUUGUACAUAUAUGUUAUUGAAAAGCUGAUAAAUGUCACAGAUGGAAAAACUGUAUUUAUAUAAAGUCUAUUUUCUAGUAAAUAUAUCAACAAACCUUACUUGUUAUACAAUAAACAUAACAUUUCCUCUAUUUUAAUAUUUGGUAUAUGAUAUAAAAGUUGUGUGAUACAUUGAGGCAUGGUUCAACCGCAGUUAUAAGAAUUUCACACUGAAUGAUGUUCAAUCCUUUUUUUUUUAAUAUCUUGUGUUUGUAUUCCCAUGUAACAGCACAGUUAGAAUAUUUGAUGUGUUUUGGUCUUUUGCCGAAUAGUUUGACAUUUUACUGGAACCCUGCUGAGUCUGGCAACUUCAGCUGUCUGUCUCUGUGGCAGGGAGCGAUCAAACAAGAUCUUAAAUGUCACGCAUCAGCCUCGGAAAGUUCAUCAAAUUUUAUCUGCAAAAAUAUUCUGGAUAAAAAAACUGCAUGCUGCUCAACUGACUGCAGUUCUUUGCUUUCCUUGAUGUCAACUUAAAAGAUUGUGCAGGCGGUAACUGUCUUUUUCCUGCCUGUCAAUUAAAGUGAGUGAAUAAAGUGCACUGCUGGCA